AUGACUCGAGAGAACCAGUUGCUGCACCAGCAGCUGCGGCAGCACCGCUCGCGGGCACAGCAGCUGGACUCCGCCAGCAAGGAGCAUGAGGCUCAGCAUUUGCCGAUGCUACAGGAGCUUCGUGGGCGGGAGUUCCAGAGAGAUAGCCUUCUGGCAGCCUGCCAAGAGGCUGUCGAGGAGCGACAGCGUACUGAGUUGGCGGUGGACGCGCUCAAUCAGCAGGUGGAGUCCUAUGUCUCGGAGCUCCAAGAGCUCCAUGGCUCUUUUGAGCAGCUUCGGACCAAGGAGGAGGCGGCCCAAAGUGGCUUCCGAGACAAUGACACCGAAGUGGCCGUGUUGCGCGCACGGAUGACGGACGCCACGCAGCGCCUGGAGAUGCAGGAGUUCGCUGAGGAAGAGCUCCGCGCUGAGAGGUCGAAGCUCCGCUUGGCGGCCGGAGCCCAGCAGCGUUCCAUCAACGAGGCGGUGCUGGGCGCCCAGAGUGUGGCGGCACAGGCGGAAGCCUUGCGGAGUGAGGUGAAUGGUUUGCAGAAGGAAUUGGACCAGGCGCGCGAGCAGCUCCUCGACGAGCGACGUCGGGCGGACGAGGCUGCUCGGAGCCAGCGGAACUUGCAGGCUCUUUUGGCAGCACAAAGGCAGAUGCAGCUGCAGAAGGAGGCCGAGCGCGACCGCCUCCGCCGCACUGCCCUGGAGCACGGUGCGGGCGGUCUGGCGCUUGGACCCGAUGCCGACGACGAGACCUCGUCCUUGGAGCAGACCCUGGAGGACUUGGCGCAGCUGGAAAGCCAAAUGGCGAAAGAAGAGCAAUUCCUCGCAGAGGAGGCAGCUCGCCUGAGACAGCCGCAAAGGCCUCGAGCGACGGCGAUGUCGAGCGACAAAAGACGAGCGACGGCGAGCGGUGGAGCGAGCGGGGUCGUGGUAGGUUGGAGGCCCAGGGACUUCGGUGGACUAGUAGUGUCCUUGCUUCGUUCGUAG